AUGUACAUCAAGGCGAUCGUGCUGGACGGCUUCAAGUCGUACGCCCAACGCACAGAGAUCUGCGACUGGGAUCCGCUGUUCAACGCCAUCACGGGGCUCAAUGGAAGCGGCAAAUCCAACAUCCUGGACGCCGUUUGCUUCGUGCUCGGCAUCUCCAACCUGUCUCAGGUGAGAGCAGCAAGUCUGCAGGAGCUGGUCUACAAGAACGGCCAGGCUGGCGUUACAAAGGCAACCGUCUCCAUUACAUUCGACAACCGUGACCGGAAACAGAGCCCCCUGGGGUUCGAAGGCCAUGCGGAAAUCACCGUCACCAGACAGGUGGUGAUUGGCGGCAGGAACAAGUAUCUGAUCAACGGGGUGAACGCCACCACGGCGCGUGUGCAGGACCUCUUCCGCUCUGUGGGCCUCAACGUCAACAACCCCCACUUCCUCAUCAUGCAGGGUCGCAUCACCAAGGUUUUGAACAUGAAGCCUCCUGAGAUCCUGGCGAUGAUUGAGGAGGCUGCGGGGACCAGGAUGUAUGAGAGCAAGAAACUGGCAGCGCAGAAGACUAUCGAGAAGAAGGAGGCCAAACUUAAGGAGAUCAACGACGUUCUGGAGGAGGAAAUUUCUCCAACGCUGGAAAAACUCAAACAGGAGCGCACCUCCUACCUGGAAUACAGCAAGCUGUGCCGGGAGCUGGAUUCUCUCCGGCGCCUGGUGAUCGCUCACCAGUUCUUCACGGCGAGCCAGGGCCAGGAAAACGCCGCUCUGCACCUCCAGAAGCUGCGUACUGAUGAGCAGGAGGCGCGAGAGGAGGUAGAGAGGCUGGAGGAGGAGGAGAAGAAGAGGGAGGGAGAGCUGCGGGAGAUGGAGAGGAAAAGGGACAAGGAGGCAGGAGGGGAUCUGUCCCGUGUGGAGGAGGCCCUGACCCAGGCCCAGCGUGCCCACGCCAAGGCCCAGAGCACCCUGGACAUCCGCACAGAGGCCCUGGCUACGGAGCAGGCGCACAGGGAGCAGCUGCUCGCUCACAUGCAGGAGGACGCCAGUGCCCGCGACGCCAAGCGCUCCCAGGUAGUGGCGCUGGAGGCGGCGCUGGCGUCGGCGUUGGCAUGCUCCCAGGAAGCGGCGAGGGGCCUGCAAGAAGCUCAGGCGCGCUUCGCGGCGGCCUCGGUGGGCCUCUCGGAGGAUGGGCAAGGCGGCCACGCCGCCACGCUGGCCGAGCAGAUCCUGAAGUGCCGCCAGGAGGCCAGCCAGGCCCAGACUGAAGCUGCGCAGGCUCAGAUGAAGCUGUCCCACGUGCAGCGCGAGCUGCAGCAGCGCAAGGCGGAGGAGGGCCGCACCACGGAAGCCUACACUCGCGACCAGCAGGCUCUGUCUCGCUUGAAGACCCGAGCCCAGGGCCUACUCAGGGACAUGGCCGCCCUGGGCUACACGGAGGGCCAGCUGGAGAUGCUGCAGAAGAAGAUGAAGGAGCUGGCCGCGGAGGAGUCGGCGAUGAGAGAAAAAGUAGACCGGGCGGUCGCCAGCAUGCCCCAGCUCCAGUUUGAUUACCGGGACCCCGAGCGGGGCUGGGACCGUGGCCGUGUGCGGGGCCUGGUGGCGUCUUUGCUCCGCGUGGAGGAUCCUGCAUCCGCCACUGCUCUGGAGGUGGUGGCCGGGGGUAAACUCUACAACGUGGUGACUGACACCGAGUUGACAGGGAAGCUCCUGCUGGAGCGUGGCUGCCUACGGCGCAGAGUCACGGUGAUUCCGCUGAACAAGAUCAGCCCCAGCGUCACCCCCCCCAGCGUCACCACCAUUGCGCGCAGCCUCGCGGACGGUGUCUCUCCCGCGCUGUCCCUCGUGUCUCCGCGCUCUCCCUGUGAUCUCCCUGCGCUGGAGUUUGUUUUCGGCGCGGCGUUCGUCUGCCCGACGAUGGACGCGGCGCGUGCCGUGGCCUUCGACCCUCGGGUGUCCACGCGGGCGGUGACGCUGGACGGGGACUCCUUCAGUCCGCACGGCACACUCACUGGGGGGGCGCGGGCACAGGUGGUGAGCGUGCUGGUGAGAGUGGAGCAGCUGCUCACCCUGCAGGAUAAGCUUAAAGAGUUGGAGGAGAAGGGGAAGAGGAUGGACGAGGAGGCUCGCACACUCACCAAGCUCGCAGAGAGGCACCGUGAGCUGUGCCAGCAGCAGGAGUUGGUGGCGCAGGAGGUGGAGCAGCUGCAGCAGAAGCUGGAGCUCAGCACUCACCACAAGCUCCAGACGGAGCUCGCCGCGCUCGCCACCUCCAUCGAGGAGCUGAGUGCGGCGCCUGCUCUCUGCGAGGAGCGGAGAGCGGCCGCGUUGCAGCGCCUCCACUCCCUGGAGGAGCGACUCCAGAACGCCGAGCGGGACCGGCGCCACGAGCAGGAGGGGGCCUCUAGCGCCCUCGAGUUGGCACGGGGGACAGCCCAGAAGCUAGCGGGGAUCGCCAGGGAGGCACAGCAGUCUCUGUCCACUGUCAGGCUGGAGGUGGAGGAGCUCGAGAAGGAGGCGCUGGUGGGGCAGCAGGAGCUGCAGAGGCUGGAGGCGGCCACGCUCUCGCUGGAGGUGACCGUCCGGGAGCUCAGCGCCUCUGCUGAGAGCUUGCAGGCGCGUGUCUCCGAGUGCCAGCGCCACGUGACGGAGCUCCAGGAGAUGCUGCGUGCCCGCCAGGAGGCGCUGGGGGAGGCGGCGCGGGCGCUGGAACAGCUGCGGGCGCAGCGCGGCGCUGCCGCUCUCACCCUGACAGAGCGCGGGCACGCAGUGGGGCGACACCAGCGGGACGCCCUGGACAACGCAGCCAAGGUGGAUCGUCUGCUCAAAGAGAAUGCGUGGAUCUCCACAGAGCGCGCUCUAUUUGGCCGCCCCAACACGGCGUACGACUUCGCCGCCAGCGACCCAAGCGAUGCUGCCCGGAAGCUAUCGCGCCUGGAGCAGACACGCCGGCGGAUGGUGCACACCGUUAACGAGAGGGCCAUGAACCUGCUGGCCCAGUCCGAGGAGAAGUACGUGGACCUGAUGAGGAAGAAGCGGAUCGUGGAGAACGACAAAACCAAGAUCUUCAGCGCCAUGCAGGAGCUGGAUCUCAAGAAGAAUGAGGCUCUUAACCUGGCCUGGAGACAGGUGAAUGGAGACUUCAGCUCCAUAUUCUCCACGCUGCUGCCUGGCUCCCAGGCGCGUCUCACUCCCGUGGAGUCCUCUUCCUCCACCUCCUCCACCUCCUCCACCUCCUCGCUGCUCCAAGGCUUGGAGUUUCGUGUGGCUCUGGGCUCCGUGUGGAAGGAAAAUCUGAGCGAGCUGAGCGGAGGCCAGAGGUCACUGGUGGCCCUAUCCCUGAUCCUGGCCAUGCUGCUCUUCAAGCCGGCUCCGAUUUACAUCCUGGACGAGGUGGACGCCGCCCUGGACCUCUCCCACACCCAGAACAUCGGACACAUGCUGCGCACUCACUUCCUCACCUCGCAGUUCGUGGUGGUCUCUCUCAAGGAUGGGAUGUUCAACAACGCCAACGUGCUCUUCAAGACGCGCUUCGUAGAGGGCGUUUCAACGGUGACGCGGCAUACCAACGCCACCACCACCUCUCGACCAGCAGCCGCCUCCUCGUCCUCUACGAAGGGAAGGGGAGAGGCAGAGGAGAAAAAGGCAAAGAGAGGGCGACUGGGUGAUGAGUAGAGUAGAGGGGAGGAG